GGGGGAGGGGCAAAUACGUCUAUACGGAAAAGUACAAGGUACGGGUAGGUACGGGUACCUUGCGAGUGGGUCAAGAGGGGAAAGAAGUAUCCUGAUAGCGUAUCUCUAAUUUCGUGAAUGGUAUCUAUCCAAAUAAUUUUUUUUUGCCGGAGAGCAAGUUUUGGGCACUGAAAGGUGGGCCUCACCUGUCAGCCACCGCUCUCAGCCUCUCCUGUUCCGCUUCCUCGUCCUGGCCUGGCCCCAACAAACUCGCCGCCGCAGACGUCACCGCGGUUCUGCCGCCGCCGCAAACUCCGCUGGCCGCGGUGGCUGGGCGAGCGUGAUGUGCUCGUGGACGGUGCCGUCCGCCGCCUAGAAGCGGCUGAUUGGGGAGCAUCCGUGAAGGAGGCCACGGGCCGCCGGAUCUCGUGCUUCUUGGCGAAGAUGGUGGGAUCGACGGGAAGAAAGAUUACGAGAAAUUCAAGCAAUCAAGCACCAGGAUUUGGACCAUGGCACAUAGGAGAAAUGGCGGCUGUGAAGACUUCCGCAGAUCGGAAUGUAUGUAGGCUAAUUUGAUCAAAGCUUCGUAAAGGAAAGAAGGAAUCAUGAAUGUUGAUUGCUUAACCGAAUGAACAUCCUCUAGCAAGUGGUUGUUUGGUUCAUAGCAUGUGUCCUCCCACUUGCCAAUAGGCAUUAAUAUAAGUUUGAGAUAGGUGCCAGCUUGAAAAAUCUUCUGGAAAGAUUGACUAACGGCUGGUGGAUAUAAGAGAUUUGGCAAUGCUACUCUCUGAUUCAGGCAUAGGAUAUAAGUAUGAACCACAUCGUUGUUGAGAGUGCGCUAGUGCAUACACACUGGUAGCCACUUCCUCAUGACCAUGACAACAGGAGCUAUAGCAUUGUUCUGCUUCUCAUUGUUGCUCUUCUGUUCCUAUGCUCUGGUGUCUCCAGGGAGCAGCAAUGUCACAGCUGAUGAGCUUACGUUACUCUCCUUCAAGUCCAUGUUCGCUUCUGCGGCCUCAUUGGCAUCAUGGAACUCGUCCAGCCACUACUGCAGCUGGCCAGGGGUUGUUUGCAGCCGUCGCCACCCUGAGAGGGUCACCUCACUAAGGUUGGGUUCUUCUAACCUAUCUGGGCGCCUCUCACCAAUACUUGGCAACCUGUCCUUUCUCAAGAUUCUGGACCUGCACGACAACAACCUCGUCGGGCAGAUACCUCCGGAGCUCGGUCGUCUCAUCAGGCUUCAGGUGCUUAACCUGAGCACAAACUUUCUACAAGGUGGCAUUUCUGUGCCUCUGGUAGGAUGUAGCAACCUCAGAAUGCUUCACCUAAGUGAUAACCGGCUCCAAGGUCAGUUCCCUACUGAGAUAGGUGCCAGCUUGAAAAAUCUUCUGCUUUUGAAUGUUGAGAAAAAUGGUUUCUCAGGGGAGAUCCCUGCAUCUUUGGCAAAUCUUCCCUUACUGGAGGUACUGAAUUUGAGAGUCAAUCAGUUCUCUGGUGAGGUACCGCCUGUGUUGGGCAAUCUCUCAAACCUCGUGGUUCUCGGUCUCGACUACAACAAGCUAUCUGGUGCCAUACCUUCAUCUUUAGGCCAGUUGUCCAAUUUAUCUAGGCUAACUUUGGGCUUUAACAAUUUUUCUGGCAUGAUCCCCAGUUCUAUCUGGAACAUUUCUUCUCUAGAAGCAUUCACUGUACAACAGAAUAAUUUAAGUGGAAGCCUUCCUCCAAAUGCAUUCAGUUCUUUUCCCUAUCUUCAGAUUAUAGGAACGGACCACAACCAGUUUCAUGGCAGCAUCCCUGUGUCAAUUGGCAACGCUUCCAGUUUGUGGUUGGCUCAGCUUGGUGCUAACCCCUUAAGCGGCCUCAUUCCUCCAGAGAUCGGAACCUUAAGGCAUCUGAAAAUUCUAAAGCUUUCAGAAACUAUGCUUGAAGCUAAAGAACCUGAAGAUUGGAAUUUCAUAACUGCAUUGACCAAUUGUUCUAAGCUUAGUCAGUUGGAGUUGAGUAGUUGUAACCUUGGAGUUCUUCCAGAUUCACUUUCCAAUCUGUCCACCACCAUGAUAGCUCUCUACCUUGACACGAACAAAAUUUCAGGAACCAUACCUAAAGAUAUUGAUAACCUCAUCAACUUACAAGCUCUUGAUCUUGAUAACAACUAUUUCACAGGAUAUCUUCCCUCUUCCCUUGGAAGGCUUCAAAAUCUGCAAAUCCUCUCUGUUGCAAACAACAAACUUGGUGGGCCGAUCCCACUGACAUUAGGAAAUCUUACAGCACUAAAUAUGCUAAAUCUCAGAUCAAAUGAUUUUAACGGUAGCAUACCGAGCAUUGUUGGAAAUCUUACAAGCUUAUUAUCACUAAGCCUAGCUAGUAAUAGUUUUACAGGCCAAAUUCCUAGUGAGGUAUUCAACAUUUCCACUCUCUCUGAUGGUUUGGAUCUGUCCCAUAACAACUUGGAGGGCUCAAUAUCUUCAGAGAUUGGAAAUUUGGAAAGUAUUAUAGUUUUCCAUGCAGAAUAUAACAAAUUAUCAGGUGAAAUUCCUAGUACCAUUGGUGAAUGCCAACGCCUCCAGAAUCUCUAUCUCCAGAAUAACUUUAUAACUGGUAGCAUACCAUCAGCCUUGGGUCAGAUCAAAGGCCUUGAAACUCUUGAUCUUUCACGCAACAAUUUGUCAGGUCCAAUACCCAAGUUCCUAGGGGACCUUACAUUGCUCUAUUCUCUGAACUUAUCAUUCAACAGCUUUUUUGGAGAGGUGCCAACAGUAGGUGUUUUUGCAAAUGCUUCUGGAGUCUCUGUCAAAGGCAAUGGUAAACUUUGCAAUGGAAUAAGUGGUCUAAAUUUGCCUCCUUGUUCGAUACAACAACCAAAGAAAAAACAAAAACUUGUGAUUGUGCCCAUUGUUAUUUCUCUUGUUGCAACAAUGGUUAUCCUUUCAUCACUCUACAUUCUUAUAUCCUGGCGCAAGAGAAGCAAAACAAAAACCCCUUCAACAGCAAUCAUGCAAGGCCACCCAUUGAUCUCGUACUCCCAGUUGGUGAAAGCAACAGAGGACUUCUCUCCUACCAAUUUUCUGGGUUCUGGAUCAUUUGGGUCUGUAUACAAAGGAGAGUUAGAGGGUCAAGAUGGCGGAUGUGAUCUUGUUGCUGUGAAGGUACUAAAGCUUCAAACUCCUGGGGCACUCAGGAGUUUCAUAGCUGAAUGUGAAGCACUGCGAAACAUGCGACACCGGAAUCUCAAGAUAGUUACAGCUUGCGCAAGCAUUGAUGCCAGAGGAAAUGACUUCAAAGCAAUUGUGUAUGACUUUAUGCCUAAUCGGAGUUUAGAUGGUUGGCUACAUCCUGAGGCCAAUGACCAAACAGAACAAAGGUUCUUGGAUCUCGCAGAAAGAGUGAGCAUACUUCUAGAUGUGGCUUACGCAUUGGAUUAUCUUCAUUGUGAUGGACCAACACCUAUUAUACACUGUGACCUCAAGCCAAGCAAUGUGCUCUUGGAUGCUGAUAUGGUAGCCCAUGUUGGAGACUUUGGGCUGGCCAAGAUUAUUAUUGACGGAAGCUCCACUGUCCAACCGUCAACAAGCUCAAUGGGAGUCAGAGGAACAAUUGGUUACACUGCCCCAGAGUAUGGUGCUGGAAAUGUGGUAUCAACAGCUGGAGACAUUUACAGUUACGGAAUUAUUGUGUUGGAAAUGGUGACUGGGAAGAGGCCCACUGAUAACAUCUUCACACAAGAAAUGAGCCUUCGUGAAUACGUCGAGAUGGCCCUGCACACAGGACCAAUGGACGUGGUUGACGUGCGUCUGUCCUUAAGCCUGAAGAAUGAAGCUAAUGAUGCAAGUGCUUCCCACAAUAGAAAGAUUGAGGCCCUGAUUUCACUACUUAGGCUUGGACUGUCAUGCUCUGAGGAAAUGCCCACCAGUAGGAUGCCAACUGGAGAUAUCAUCAAGGAGCUGAUUGCCAUCAAAUCUUCAAUCCGCAUUUAGACGCUUCACAGUUCUGUCAGCUGGGAUAAUUGUUGGAUAGUAGAUGGUUCGUUGAGGUAACAUGAAUCUCAACUUCUUAUGGAAUAAUCAAACAGUUGUGUGCAUGCUUUAUGAUGUGCCAGCGUCAACCUGCUUCUCCCUGUUUUAUGGGGUGAAUUGCAAUUGUCUUAGGAUAUUUUGUCAAAUACCACAUAUAUGGAGUACCUGUUUGAUUUUUC